CCAACCAACGCGAACCAGGAAACGACUCGCGCUUUUAAUGGCCGCCUCGCAUACACCUGUGUACCUUACAGCCUCUUCUAAAACUUUGGAGGAGUUAAUGGCUAAUCGGUCCUGUCUCCACUGAGGCCACGCUACCCCACUGCAGGCGAACCGCUGCAGCCACUCAAGGACAAAUUCCAACAAAUCGGGACAUCUCUAAUUUCCCUGAAUCUUUGACGGGAAAACCCUUCAGGAUCCCUGAGUGUGUCAUAGGAGACGGGCGGUAAAGGGCACGUUGCUAUUUUUAGUCCUUUUCCCCCCUGAGAAACAGAAUAUUUCGUUUGAAACUUUCGGCACACGACAAACUUGAGGAGGAUUGUCCUGAUUUAUAAAUAUAUCCCUCUUCGAGAGUUUCUGAGCUGUUAUAAUAGUUACUGAACCCAGAGGACUUGGGUACACAAAAAUCACAAAAAACUCCUACCCAACAGACGACCCGAAAUUCAACAACAUGGCGUCGUCCAUCGUUUCCGGUUCGUCUUCGGCGUCCAAUCAGCCCCGAGGUUACUCAGUACAGCCAGCGGAGAAGGAGGUGGACAAGCCAAGGCCGACGAUGACUCCGUUCUAUGACGAAGACACAAAGAUCAGCUUCUCCUGCCAGAACAGUACGCUCCCUCUGAAACUCUCCUCUGUUCUACUGGUCGUCAGCUUCAUCCUGCAGGUCUGGUCCCGCUACUGAUGGUCAUCGUGUGGAUCGCUGGACAUCCCAUGAAGGACCGCUUCCCCAUCCCCUACAGGGAUAAGGACUACGACGACGAGCCUUUCAUGAUCCAUUUCUGCUUUGUCUUUGAAAUAUUCGCUUUCAUCAUUUCGUUUGCUGCAUUUGGCUUGGAAGUUCAUGACUAUAGAAAGAGUGAUUACGGCAACUAGAUCUAGAUUCUGGGACGUUGUACGGUCUUCUUUUUUCGGGGGAAGGGGGGGGGGGGAUUUGGGGAACCUUUACAUGUUGACUAGAGAGCUGAGAAUAGGUUGUACACUGUUUGAGCACUUUUUGCCUUGGAGUUCUGAUCUUCCUUUGCCUCAGCCCCUGAAGUAAGACAUGAAAGUUUGAAUAUGAUGAUGAUGCUGUACAUCGAAUGAAUUUUGUCAGAGCUGUAGGGAUUCUUGCUUUCCCUUCUCGUAUAAACUGGUGAUUUAAGAAACGAAUAUUUUGUGGCGUAAUUAGAGCGGGAAAAAUGAAAAAACACCUCGUUGAAAUGAUUCCUUGUAUAUGUAUAGACCUCUUGCUAUAUUUAUAGACAUAUCAAAAUUUCUUAUACUUUUAUUAUCUUUCAUAUUUUCCCCCUUUUUUUUUUGGUAAGCUCAACUAGCCAAGCAGGGUACUGGAGAUUGCAAAAUUUGCUGCUGAGAAAGCAAACUUUUCUUUUGGCUUUCUCUUAUCUUAAGCUCCAUGUAUGUAGUCGGGCCUAUCAUCUGCUUGUCAUAGGGGUGUUUCACAAUGACCAUUUCAUGAUUUCGGCUUCUUGUCUUUGCUAUCAAGACAUCGACAAACAUUUUUUCAGAGGCGCGUAGACUUUAUCUUGUUAAAUUCAUGAAACUUCUAGCAUGAUUUUGAAAUUAAAAAAACAACAACAAACGAGUUCAGUAAGUCGCGUUCUGGCUUAUUAUAUAUCUAGUAGUAAAAACAUACAUGUGGGCUCUAAGUCUGUUAUUCAAAAGGGGGCGACGUAGUGAAACAAAACACACACAAAAAUGAUCGUGAGACUUUUUUUUAGACAUCACUUAAUAGAAUAAGACAGACAGUGAACUUUUUGUUUUAUGACAACAGGCUACUUCAUUCAAAAAGGCUGACUGAUAUUGACAGGCCACUUCUUCGUUUUCAUGAAGAUUGAUGAAGUUUUGUACGAUCGUCUUAAUAGGCCUGUCUUGUCUGGGUGAGGUGCCUUUUCUUAGAUUUCUUAAAUUCAAAAUGGCUUAUCUGUUUUUGACUGUUUUCUUGCAGUCCGUUUAAAGUUCAACUGUUUCUAUACAAAUGAAUGAGGCGUUACAAUAGGCAGCAUAUCUUCAGCUUCGUGGUCUGAGAUGAAACACCAUCCACAUAGAGGCUGAAGAACGUCAAGUGAAAAACGUCAUCAUGAUCAUUGACCCCUUUUUAUAAAAUACCUGCAAAAUUUGUCUUACUUCGUAUACUUUUUCUCUUUUGUUCUCUGUAAUAAUAAUGUACUGACUGACAGAAUAUUUGUGCUCAUGAGAAUAAGAGAGGCCUAACACCACUUUUAGAGAGAAAAACCGAUUUUUUUUUUCGGAAAAAACCCCCAACAGAACUAAAUGUACGUGUAAAUGAAUUCAAUUUAUGUACCAACAGCGAGAAAGGUUUUAAAAAAAACCUACUAAGGAAUUAUAAAUUAUACCUUUAUCUGAUAAAGCACUCCAUAAAGCUUUACUUUAUUCUCAUGUGUGUUGUGACCAGCGAUAUUUGCAACACAAUUAGUUUAGGUCACUUUUAGUGCUGAAGAUUAGUCGGAGGCGUUGCUCUAUUAUAGUAACAUACAAAGAACAGAAAGGGGAGAGAUAGGAUGAUGAAUAAAGCUUGAUACGAAAUGUGGAGCAAACCACACCACUCCACAGCAUCCACCAACCACCCACAAAGUGGAGACAGACCGCUCUAAUUCUCAGGAGAACAUUAACAUUUGUGAAUGAAGACCCUUAUGUUCUAUUUUUAAAUCUCCCCCAAUUGUUGUUAUCUUUUAUUCAGCAGAAUCUGAGGAGAUGUCAAUGUCAUAUUCGUUGAGUAGAUCUACCACUAGUUUUUUAUUUUAUUUUUGGUUUAAUCUUUUAUUUUUCAUACUGUUGAAA